CCUUCCCACUUCGCUUUCCUUUUUCCCUUAGCUUUUCCUCUUUCAGCGAUCCCAUUCCCAUUCUCAUUCUCAACCAGAGAGAUAGAUAUAGAGAGAUAGAGAGAGACUGUUACAAACAACUACACGCAAUCACAGAGAGAGAGAGAGAGAGAGAGAGAGAUGAAGAUCACGGCGCUAUUGGUAUUGAAGUGCAACCCGGAGGGCACAGAUCCGGUGAUAUUAGCAAACGCCUUGGACGUCAGCCAUUUCGGCUAUUUCCAGAGGUCCAGCGUCAAAGAAUUCAUCGUCUUCGUCGCUCGCACCGUCGCCAGCCGUACCCCUCCCUCCCAACGCCAGUCCGUCCAGCACGAAGAGUACAAGGUGCAUGCUUACAACAGGAAUGGCAUUUGUUCUUUGGGUUUUAUGGAUGAUCACUACCCGGUUCGGAGCGCCUUUUCUCUGCUCAACCAGGUGCUAGAUGAGUAUCAGAAAAAUUUUGGUGAUACGUGGAAGACUGUGCAGGCAGAUAGUACCCAACCAUGGCCCUAUCUGAAUGAAGCUUUAAUGAAAUUCCAGGACCCUGCGGAGGCUGAUAAGUUGUUGAAAAUUCAGAGGGAGUUGGAUGAAACUAAAAUUAUCCUCCACAAGACUAUUGACAGUGUACUUGCACGAGGUGAGAAACUGGACAGUUUAGUUGAGAAGAGUUCAGAUCUCAGUGCAGCAUCGCAGAUGUUUUACAAGCAAGCAAAAAAGACAAAUCAGUGUUGUACCAUACUCUAAAGCUUCUGAGGCAAGUGGCUAUCCUGUAAUGGGCUUGACAUUUUCAAAUGUCGGAAGCUGAUGAAUGGCAAAAUGGUGAUUGUAAUAUGUUUAUAUCGUUAAUCAAUUGUUUGCUUGGCAAAACUCUCUGGAUUUUUCUCCAUAUUUUCUAGACGGAAGAAAGAAAGGAAAUUGUGGAUUGGCAGCAGAUCUUUCUAUUAUAGUAUUAAUUAUGCCUAUUGACAUGCUUAAUUCAUAUGUUGUAUUAUGAUUUAUCCAUUGUGAUUACAUAUUUAUAUAUACACGUUGGUUUGUUCCUUGAAA